CCCCCCUCUCUCUCAUCUUCCCUUUUCUGGUUCCUCUUGCACGGCUUCUUAUCUAGCCAUCUCCUUCUCUGCCCGUCUAUACCGCCAGUCCAAGGUUUCAGUCGCACAGACGGAUCCCGACGUCGCCUCAGCAGCAGCACCACCACCACCGCCGCCGCCGCAACCACAAGCAAUUCCACCCGUUGUUGGGCCACGACAGCUGUGCUGAUCCGCCCCGACCACCAGCAGCUCCCAAAAAGCGGUGGAAACGUACCCAAUUGGACCUCUGGCCCUUAUCCUACCCUAUCCGCCCGAAUCUCCCGCCAAGUGCUACUCGACCAGCGUCAAGUAGGUAGUUUGGUUAGUUAGGACAACCGUAUCUUGCUCGCUCGCUCGCUGCUGCGUCUUUAAAAAGCAUCGACCACCCACCACCCCACCGCCGGUCAAGCAGCCCCUCCACCUCCGAAUCGGUGCUUUCAUUGCGCAAACUUAUAAUCCCUCACUUUCUACCCCCCCUUCGAACCCUCUCUUUGCGCCAAACAACCUCUACGGCUGUCAAUUGCUCCUCUAGCGUUUUGAGUCGUGCUCUCCUCUAAAGCCGAUUCCAGCCGAACCAUCUACUAUUUAUUAUACCCACGCCCACUGCACCAACCAAACAUCACAACACGCAAUAUGUCUUCAACUCCAGUCAAUGGAGCUAUGCCUCCACCCAAUAAACACCUCGACCCAGUCAUCCGUACCCCGGAUCGACGCCCGUCGCCAAUGCCCACACAUUUGAGCAUCCCAGGGUCCGGACAUGCCACUCCUCGCACCAUUCCUCAAGAGGGCUCUGGUGGCUCUGGCUACGUUGCUCCUACUUUUGAGGGCAAGGAGAAGCAGAUGGAAGCUGUCAUGGACGGCGUCGAAGACAAAGGCUUCAUUCCCCAAGACUUUGUAGAAUCCGAGACUACCUGGUUCUACAACGAGCUCGGUAUCGACGACAUGUACUUUGCGACCGAGACUGUAGAAGCUAUCGUCAACCACAUCCAUUCCCUAUACGCCGCCAAGGUGGCUGCCUACGCCCGCGAUGACAAGCGCCUCGAGAUCCGAUUAGACAAGGAAGCUGCCGACCAUGCGGUAUACAUAGAUACAAGCCGACCAGGUGUCUCGGUGGUAAAUGGGCCGCAAUACGAACAACGCAUUGACGAGAAGUAUCUCAAUGGCUCAAAAGGCUCCGUGGGCUACCGUGUCGAGAGUUUCCGCUCUGCAAGCCCGCUGCCUGGAAGCCAGAAUCAGCAACUUCGUUGCUACUUCGUCUACGAGUGCGACUUCGUGGACCCCCACCCCAGCGAGACAGAGACCAACCUCGAGAAAAUCGGUGACAAACGUUUCUUGCAGAAGGCUACCGCCAACACGAAACGCAUCUAUCAGGAAGCUCUGGAAGUGGCAGUAGAGCGCACUGGCCCCGUCAUCGAAUACUUUGACAUUGAGGGUUCUCGCGACAAGCGCCUGGUGGUGGCCUAUAAGCAGGGCUCUGCCAUGGGCUUCUUCAGCGCCUUGAGCGAUCUGUACCAUUACUACGGAUUGACAACCACGCGUAAAUAUGUCGAACAGUUCUCCAACGGGUACACUGCCAUGUCCCUCUACCUUACACAAACCCCGGGAGGCAAGCACCCCCCGAUUGAAGCAUCUGUUCACCAGAUCAUCAAAGAGGUUUCCCUCUUAUACUGCAUCCCACAAAACAAGUUCCAAGCACACUUUGCUACUGGCCGAUUGAGUCUGCAGGAAACCAUAUAUGCCCACUGUGUGUGGGUCUUUGUCUCUCAUUUCCUCAACCGUCUCGGGAACGAGUACAAUGCUUUGGCAUCGAUUUUGAACAAGGAGAACAGCGCUCAUGCAGAGCUUCUGUCAAAGCUGAAGCGCAGGCUACGCACGGAAACAUUUACAGCUGAUUACAUCCUCGAGAUCAUCAACUCAUACCCAGAACUCAUUCACAGCCUAUACCUGUCAUUCGCGGGCACCCACUAUGUACAGACUCGGGGCAAGGAGGACGACUUCCUGCCCACCCUGAGUUUCCUGCGCCUGCAGGUCGACAAAGUCCUCACUGACGAGGAGCUAACGGAUGCCAUCAACAAGGCUGUGGUCAACGAUCAUCAUCAGAUUGUGAUGAACUCGUUCCGCAUUUUCAACAACUCUGUUCUCAAGACCAACUUCUACACACCAACUAAAGUGGCACUAAGCUUCCGUCUUAACCCUCAAUUCCUCCCGCCUUCGGAAUAUCCUCAACCUCUGUACGGCAUGUUCCUUGUCAUCAGCUCUGAGUUCCGCGGUUUCCACCUGCGUUUCCGUGACAUCGCUCGUGGUGGUAUCCGAAUCGUCAAGUCUCGAAGCCAGGAGGCUUAUGCUAUCAACGCGAGGUCUCUAUUCGACGAGAACUACAACCUCGCCAACACACAGCAGCGCAAGAACAAAGAUAUUCCUGAGGGUGGCUCCAAGGGUGUCGUUCUUCUGGACUUUCAUCAUCAGGACAAAGCUCGGGGCGCGUUUGAGAAGUACAUCGAUAGUAUCCUGGAUCUCCUCCUGCCGCCAACCAGCCCGGGUAUUAAGGAUCCUAUCGUUGAUCUGCACGGCAAAGAGGAGAUUUUGUUCAUGGGCCCAGACGAGAACACUGCCGAUCUGGUUGAUUGGGCGACAGAACACGCUCGAUUCCGAGGAGCACCUUGGUGGAAGUCUUUCUUCACUGGCAAGAGUCCCAAGCUUGGUGGUAUUCCGCAUGACAGAUAUGGCAUGACCACUCUUUCUGUUCGCGAAUACGUUCUGGGCAUUUACAGGAAGCUGAACCUCGAUCCUAGCAAGGUCAGGAAGCUCCAAACUGGUGGCCCGGAUGGUGACCUUGGCUCCAACGAAAUCUUGCUCAGCAACGAGAAAUACGUAUCCAUCGUCGAUGGAGCUGGUGUUCUCGUUGAUCCUCAAGGUAUCAACCACGAGGAGCUUCUACGACUCGCAAAGGCUAGACUCAUGAUCAACAACUUCGACAUCACCAAACUAUCGCCAGAAGGUUAUCGCGUUCUCGUGGAUGAGACUAACGUCAGACUACCGUCGGGCGAGAUGGUCUACAAUGGAACAGCUUUCCGCAAUACUUUCCAUCUUCGGAGUGGAGAAAAGUAUGACACCUUUGUACCUUGCGGUGGACGCCCGGAAUCCAUUGAUCUCACUACCGCGAACAAGCUCAUUGUCGAUGGCAAAUGCGUUAUCCCGUACAUGGUUGAGGGGGCCAAUCUCUUCAUCACUCAAGACGCAAAGCUGCGCCUGGAGAAAGCAGGGUGCAUCUUGUACAAGGAUGCAUCCGCCAACAAAGGUGGUGUCACCUCUUCGUCUCUGGAGGUAUUGGCGUCGCUGUCUUUCGAUGAUGAAAGCUUCAUUCAACACAUGUGCAUCCGCGAGGAUGGCACUGCUCCUGAGUUCUAUAACAACUACGUGAAGCAAGUACAAGCCACCAUCCAGAACAAUGCUCGAUUGGAGUUUGAAGCCAUCUGGAGGGAACAUCAAGCCACCGGCCAGCCUCGAAGCACGCUGAGCGACACGCUGAGUAUCGCGAUCACCAAGUUGGACGAGGAGCUGCAAAACACCGACCUGUGGAACAAUGUUGAGUUCAGGCAGUCUGUCUUGGGCGAGGCAUUGCCAAAUCUGUUGCUCGAGCAAAUUGGACUCGACAAGCUCAUGGAGAGAGUGCCUGAUAACUACCUACGUGCCAUUUUCGGCAGCUACUUGGCCAGUCGAUUUGUAUACACGUACGGCAUCAAUGCCAGUCAAUUCGCAUUCUUCGAUUUCAUGAGUAAGCGCACAGCGAAGCUCAACAAGGCCUAA